UAAUCAUUGGUCGCAUAGAUUUCUUGAAAUUUAAGAUAUAUUUCUUACGGUGAUCAUAGUCAUUUUUUAGUUUUAUUCCACUUAUCUCAAUUGCAAAGAGAGAAUAAAAAAUAAUUAAAGGAACAACGAUUGAUUCAAUAGCUUAUCAGCUCAGCACUGCUGAGUCAGCAGCCUACCGCACCACUCAGUCAAGAGUUCCAGCUGUAUAAAGUUCGAAACUGAUAACAUCGCAGAAUAAUAAAUGCAAUUGCAUAAAUGUACUAUUGUACUCAAAUACAAAGCGUUAGCUGAUAACAGGCAUCCAGUCAGAACAAAGAAAAAGUGAUAAACCAAACAAUGGGUCAAAGUGCGUCGGAUGUCUACAUCGAAGGAGCAUGUUCCAAUAGUGGCGCUAAAGCUGGUAUUGGUGUAUACUGGAAGGAAGGAGAUAAAAAUAAUGUGAGCUCACCGAUACGAGGUGUUACUAAUAAUAAUAGUGCUGAAAUAAAAGCGGCGUCGAGGGCCAUAAGGGAUGCCGGUAAAAUGGGCAUCUCAAAAUUACGAGUAAACACAGACUCAAAGUUUGUUCUUGAAUCGGUUAAAAAAAUACCGGAAUGGAAGGAAAAUCAAUGGAAACAGUCAAAUGGGAAACCUGUCCCAUAUAAAAAAGAUGUCAAAGAAUUGGACCGAGCAAUCAACAGAAACAAACAAAUUACAUUAGAUUUCAAGCAUAUUCCAGCUCAUUCUGGAAAUGUUGGCAAUGAAUCUGCUGAUCGCUUGGCGAAACAAGGCGCAAAACGAUACAACGGUGGUCAAUCAGCUCCCAAUCGAUCUAUUAAACAAAACACAAACAUGCAACGCCGUGGUGCUCCAAGCACUAAUACAAGUGCUAAUCGUUCUAUAAAACAAAACACAAACACACAACGCAAUGGUGGUCCACCCACUACAAGUACCAAGUCCACCAAACAAAGCACAAAUACCAACAAAAAGAACAGUUCUUGGUUUUUCAAUUAUUAAAUGAGUUGAAUUAAGUAUCCAUUAAAUUAUUCAUUAAAAAUAUUGAUCUUAUAUAAAACUUUGGUCCCUUGCAUAGGUCAAAUGUAUCUGAUUUUAAACAAAAUACGACAAGUGAUCAAUAAA